UAAGUUUGUUCGAAACGUCGAUAUAUGAUAACAAUAUUUCGUCAUUAACCACAAAAAUACUUACAAUUAUAUUAUUUUCGUUGCCUAUUGAAUUUAUUAGUGCUUUAAUAUGUAUUUUUUUUGUCAUUACUGACACGCCGAAAUAUUUUCUUCGUAUUCAGGUCAGAAACUAGUUAGUUUGAAAAGAUAAGUAAUAGCCUGACUAAUGAGCCAUAACAUGGUUAUGAAAUGUAAAAAAAAUAGAUACGAAGAGUGAAAGCGAAAACAGAAAAAUAAGAAAAAAAGAUGCGGAGGAGCUGCUGAUAUAUAAUCAACGAAUAUUACUAAUAUUUUCACAUUCAAAAUCAAACAUCCUAUACGCAGCAAUAUAAGGUAAGCAGUGUAUUUAUCCAAUAUUAUAAACUCUUAGCGCGUAGUGUAAACAAAUAAGUUGUUGUUAAUACUGCAGCAAAAGUAGGAACAACUUAUAUCAUUUGUGAGUCAGUACAGAAUCAUUUGAGAAAAUAUAAAACUUAAAUAUAUUUCGAAAAUAUGGAGGGUUUAUAUUUAACUUGAUGUUUUCAUUGUUAGAUAACUUUGAUCAAGUUUUUUUCAUUAUUGCAUUAUAAUGAUCGUAGUCUUUACUGAAGUUUAUUUAGUUUCUCAUAUCAGAUCAGUUUUAAAUAAUUUUAUUCGAUCAGAUAUUCAUUUAAAAACAGGUUUAACAAGAAAUACAAGAUGUAAAUAAAAGUACAAUGAAAUAGAUAGUUAGCAUCUGUAUGAAUUAGUAAAGAAGUCAAUGUCGAAGACCAGGCUGGAUAGUUCAAGUGAAUCUUCGGUUUAUUCAGACUAUUUCAUGUGUAUGACAGAGUGAGAUACCCAAGCAGACAAGAUUUUGCAAAAACGCGUGUAAGCGCUUUUAUAAACAAAUAUCGUUUCGUAUUUUACAGGUAGAAAAAUAUUUUCUCAAAAGAAAAUAAAUAUUUCAUAGAGAAAACUUUGUGAUUUAUAUUCAAAAGUUAAUAUACGAACAAGUUCUCUCAGUUUAUUUCUGUAUUGAAAAUAUUCUAAAUGAGAAAAUUUAAACUUUGCGUUUUUCUAUUUUUAAAUUAUCUCAAAAAAUUAAAUAAUAGUUCUAAUAGUCGAAAUAGUUCUUUAUUUAUUGUUUUGAAACAAAAAUAUUAUAGGAAUAUUCUUUAGUAUUUUCAAAUAUUUUUAUAUAAAUUAAAUUAAGAUAAAAUAUUUAUUUUUCAGUUAUUCUCAAAUAAAAUCAUUCUAUUUUGUUUUUAUUAAGAUUUUUAUCAAUCAUAUCAUUCUACAACUGAUACAACAGAUAUGUCAAUGGAUACAAUAGCAAAACUAUGUGAAAAUCUAACUCACUCUCAAAUAAAAGAAAACCAAAUUCAAACAAAAAAGAAUAAAUAUCAACAAUUUGGAAUUACUGUUGCUGGAGGAAAUGCAUGCGGACAGGAAUUAAAUCAACUGAGUCUUCCUCUUGGGAUGUUUAUUGAUAAUGAUAAAUCGAUUUAUGUUGCUGAUACUGAUAAUCAUCGUAUUGUUAAAUGGAAAUUGGAUUCAAAUGAAGGUCAAAUCAUUGCAGGUGGAAAUGGAAAAGGAAAUCAAAAUAAUCAAUUGAGUUGUCCAAGAAAUAUCAUUUUUGAUAAAAAAAACAAUUCUUUUAUUAUUUCUGAUUAUGGGAACAAACGCGUAGUUCGAUAUUUUGAUAAAAAUCAAACUAAUCAACAAAUUAUUAUUUCAAAUAUUGAUUGUCAUGGUCUGACAAUUGAUAAAAAUGGAUUUAUUUAUGUUUGUGAUUAUGGAAAAAAUGAAGUAAGACGAUGGAAAGAAGGAGAUGUAGAAGGUGAAUUAGUUGCAGGUGGAAAUGGUCAAGGAAAUCAUCUUAAUCAACUCAAUCAACCUACUAAUAUCUUUGUUGAUGAUGAUUAUUCUAUUUAUAUAUCAGAUUAUGGGAAUGAUCGUGUGAUGAAAUGGACAAAAGGUGCAAAAGAAGGAAUUAUUGUUGCUGGUGGAAAUGGUCAAGGAAAUAGUCUCAAACAAGUGUCAUGUCCUCAAGGAGUGAUUGUUGAUCAUUUGGGUCAAAUUUAUGUGGCAGAUACUGGGAAUAAUCGAGUAAUGCGUUGGUGUGAAGGAGAUGAAGAAGGUGAAAUUAUUGUUGGUGGAAAUGGUGAAGGAAUUCAAUCAAAUCAAUUGAAUUAUCCUAAUGAUUUAUCAUUUGAUGAUGAAGAGAAUCUUUACGUUGCUGAUUCUUUAAAUAAUCGAAUCCAAAAAUUCGAAAAAAUCAUAAAUUAA